CACACCCUCUAAUCUCCCCAACACUCCACACUGUCCUGCAGCACACAUGCUCACAAACACAUGCACACACACACACACACACACACACACACUCCAGAUCUCAAUCGCCUCUCUUGCACUAAACAUGCUCUGUUGGGAAUUGUGUUUAGCCCUACUGAUCACCGGCUUCUCAGUGUGGGCUCUGCCUUCAACAAACAUCAAGAUCACACAAGCACUGCCCCUGCAACUGUCAGACUCAAACCAGCCUGUGACAUGUCCGCUCUUCUGGACUGAAUUUGAGGGUUACUGUUACCGCUUCUUCCCCUUGAACCGCACCUGGGCUGAGGCAGAUCUGUACUGUGCUGAGUUCUCAAACGGACACAAAUCUGCCAAACUCACCUCCAUCCACAGCUGGGAAGAAAAUGUGUUUGUGUAUGAUCUUGUGAACAGCCGUGUACCAGGAAUUCCAACAGAUAUUUGGAUUGGCCUUCAUGAUAGAAGACAGGAGGGCACUAUGGAGUGGACAGACGGGUCACCCUACGAAUACAGUUACUGGGAUGGAAAUCAACCAGAUGAUGGCAUUCAUCGCAUCCCUCAGGAGGAGGAUUGUGUGGAGAUCUGGUACAGACAAAACAGUGCACUGAGGUCUUGGAAUGACAACAAUUGUGAUAAGGCCUUUCCAUUCGUCUGUAAGAUUCCUACACUGGAAAACUAACCUCAGAUCUAAGAUUGAUUAUCCAGUUCUUUAUCGUCAACACUGACACCCCAACAUCACUCAAUCACAGUGUAGCAACAAGAUGUCCGUUCAUCUCCAUCCCUGCAGUGAUGAAGGGCUCUCUCCAGCCUGCUAUAGGCACUUCAUUUGCAUUUCUCACCCUUCACUCCAAUUCCCUGCCCCCAUCAUCCUCCCAUCAUUGUUGUACAUAUAUGUGUAUACAGAGCUGGGUAGAUUACUUACAAAUUGUAAUCCGUUACUGAUUCCAGAUUACAUGACAAAAAUUGUAGUCAGUAACAUAAUCCCUUACAUUAUACAUUUUAGGUAAUAUAAUCAGAUUACUUUUAGAUUACUUUUGAUUUAACUCGUUUAUCACAUUGAUUUAAAUAGCAUUAUCUUGUACCAUAAUGAUGUAAAAAAUGCAAAGAGUAAGAAAACUUGUUCCAUUCAUUGUAAUUUAUAACAUGAAGUGCAUUAAACAUUAUUACAUCAAGGUUUCCCAAACUAGGGUUCAUAAAGUAACUGCAGGGGGGUUGAACUCCCUUUCGAGGAAAGUCUCUUCACUUGGUGGCCAUAUUUGCAACACCUCCGGGCAGCUCGUACAAGACCAAUCUUAAUGAAUGGGGGAAUCCUGAAAUCUCAAAAACUGCUUGCUGAACUCACAAUUAAAUAACAUAAUGUCAAAUCAGCAACAAAAAUCUGAAAUGAAUUGCCCCAUGAAUGUUGUUUCUUAUGCUCAAAUAACGUUUAAAAAAGCUUAUUUUUCAGGCUAGACCAGCCAAAGCGCAUGCGUAGUUCCAGUGUGCUUAUGACUGCGCAUGUGCAUUGGCUGGUCUAGUCAGGUUUCUAUGGGGAAUAUGGCUCUUUUAUUUAGAAGGUGGGACUAUUCCUCCAUAUUGCGAGUUGCGGUUUCUCCCAUUCAUAAGAAUAGGAGUGAACCGUCUUUGUAUUUCUAUAGUCUUUGUUUUAAAUAAAACACUUACUAAAAAAGAUGAAAUAUUUUUAUUUACCUGCAUGCCAUGUGAUCAUUAAUCAACAUCAAAGAAACCGUGAACAUGCAAAUGUGAUACUUAAUUAUUGAAAUAUUUAUUUUCAAAUCUCAGGGGUACUUAAAGCAAAUAUAUUUGGUGAAAGGGUUUAGAUGACAAAACGUUUUGGAAGGCCUGCAUUACAUGUAACUAAGAAAUACCGUGAAUAUGUGCAUUUUUAUUAGUUUUAAUUAAUAAUACAUUGUUAAAAAACCUAUAGAGUAAUAAUUCAAAUAAAAAUGAAUGUGUUCAUCAGUAGUUGAUGCAAUGUUGAAACACUUCUUAAACCUGAAAUGAUUUUUGUAAAUCCAGUGUUCAAAUGCUGUCGCCACCUGACUAAUGACUGAUCUUUGAAUGUCCACAAAACUGGACUAUAUAUACAAACAGUAUAUAAUAUGUAUAUAAUCGGUAGGCUAUUUUAGAAAGGAAAAUUUGAAAGGAAAAGCUUGAUGAAGGUCAGUGGACCGAAACGUCGCUGGUUUUUGUAAUAAAUUUCUAUAUUUAGCAUGGACCGAUAGUGUGUGGGAUCAUCAUUUUUAUUGAUUGGAUUCCACAUUGUUGUUGGAGUGUUUUUUCUUACGCACCUAUCAAUUUCUCAGGUAUGCUGAGUUUGUGUUGAUUGAUUCUCCCUAAUUUCUCUUUAUCAUCUUUUAAAUUUUCCUUUCUCAAUGAAUUAUGAAUAAUUUAUUUCUAUUGUGUGAAUAAUAUGUAAUCAUGUAAUCCAUAAAAAAGUAACUGUAGUCUGAUUACGAGUAUUUUAAAUUGUUAUUUACAAGUACUUAAUUUUUGGAAUCUGAUUACGUAAUCCAGACUACAUGUAAUCAGUUACUACCCAGCUCUGUGUGUGUAUAUAUAUAUAUAUAUAUAUAAAAACACACUGCAGCAAUGCCUUAGAAGAACCAUUUUUGAUUUCCCAAAGAACCUUUCAGUGACCAGUUCUUAAAAGAAGCAUUUGUUUCUCCGGCAAACAUUUUAAUAAUCUAAAGAGAAUCUUUUGUGGAAUGGAAAACUUA